CCAUCCCAGAUCACAUACCUGGACGAGUACUACCUGACCAAUGACGAGAUCGAAGUGCUCGAGUCCUGUGCCAGAGACAUUGCCGAGAACAUCCCAUUGGGAGCCAUGAUCAUUGAGCUCGGGAGCGGGUCAGUCAUGCCUCGAUGCCGCUCCUCUUGGUCCUUGGCUCCUCGGGCUGACUCGAUCUCUCUGCGUGUGUGGCUUGUCUAGUAACCUCCGGAAGGUGAACCUCCUCCUGCAGGCCCUCGAAGACGCAGGCAAGAGCAUCGACUACUACGCAUUGGACCUUUCGCAGCAAGAGCUCGAACGGACCCUUGCUCAACUGCCCCCGUACCGGCACGUCCGCGCCCACGGCUUGCUCGGGACCUACGACGAUGGGCGAGAGUGGCUCAAGGAUCCGACCAAUGCUUCGCGCCAGAAGUGCAUCCUGAGCCUCGGCUCGAGCGUUGGCAACUUCGAUCGAGGCGAGGCUGCUGCCUUCCUCAAGACUUUUGCCGACGUCCUCGGCCCGAGAGACACCAUGUUGAUUGGCCUGGACGCUUGCAACGACCCUGCCAGAGUGUACCACGCGUAUAACGACAAGGAAGGCCUUACCCACCAGUUCAUCCUGAAUGGCCUUCGUCAUGCCAACAGGGUCCUCGGCGAGACUGCCUUUGUCGAAGAUGACUGGAAGGUCAUCGGUGAAUAUGUGUACGACGCCGAAGGGGGCAGGCACCAGGCCUUUUAUUCCCCGUUGCGGGACACGAUCGUCAUGGGCGAGCUCGUUCGGUCUCACGAGCGCAUCCAGAUCGAGCAGAGCCUCAAAUACUCCGCCGCCGAGGCCCAAGUGCUGUGGCAGCGGGCGGGUAUGACCGAGAUCGCCCAGUGGCGGCGCCGCGAGGAAUAUGGCCUCCAUAUGCUUGCCAAACCGAAAAUGGCAUUCAGCCUUGAUCCCUCCGUCUACGCCCGCACUGCCCUUCCCUCCCUGGAGGACUGGGAAGGGCUAUGGGCGGCUUGGGAUGUCGUGACGCGUGAGAUGCUACCUCCAGAUGAUUUACUUGAGAAGCCCAUCAAGCUUCGCAAUGCCUGCAUCUUCUAUCUCGGCCACAUCCCCACCUUCCUGGACAUCCAGCUCACCAAGACCACCCAACAGCCGCCCACGGACCCAGCUUAUUAUAGGGACAUCUUCGAGAGGGGCAUCGACCCGGACGUGGACAACCCCGAGCUGUGCCAUGCGCACUCCGAGAUCCCGGACGAAUGGCCCGCCGUCGACGCAAUCCUGGCCUAUCAAAGCCGUGUGCGUGCCCGCCUGCAGAGCCUCUAUGCAGAGGGCAAUGACGCCAUCCCGCGCCAUGUCGGGAGAGCCAUUUGGGUUGGCUUCGAGCACGAGCUUAUGCACAUUGAGACGCUGUUGUACAUGAUGCUGCAAAGUGACAAGACGCGGCCGCCGCCGCACGUCCCGGCCCCGGAUUUUGAGAAGCUCGCCGCCAAAGCCCGGGCCGAGAGGGUCCCCAAUCAGUGGUUCGACAUCCCCGCGCAGGACAUCACCAUCGGGAUUGACGAUCCCGAGGACGGGACCGACCCGCAUGCUCCCUAUGGCUGGGAUAAUGAGAAGCCCGUCAGACAUGCGAGCGUCCAUGCAUUCCAGGCCAAAGGCAGGCCGAUCAGCAACGAAGAGUACGCCCUAUAUCUGUACAGCAACCAGCUCACCAAGAUUCCGGCGUCAUGGGCGUAUACCAGCGAGGCGUCGGUCUCAGAUGCAAACAACGCCAGUGCUUCCAGCCACGCGAACGGGGACACCCGUGCCAGCGGCGACGCUAUUGGCCAGCCCGAUGGCGCACCCGCCGUCCCGGAGCACUUCCUCGAAGGCAAGGCUGUUCGGACCGUCUAUGGGUUAGUGCCCCUGAAGCACGCCCUUGACUGGCCGGUCUUUGCAUCCUACAACGAGCUGGCAGGCUGUGCAGCCUGGAUGGGCGGACGCAUCCCGACCUUUGAGGAGGCACGCAGCAUCUACGCCCACGCGCAAGCCCUGAAGAAGAAGGAAGCCGAGAAGCAGCUCAGCCAGACAGUUCCGGCAGUGAACGGGUGAGUGUGCCCAGACACCGACCGCCCCCAACCUCUCUGGCGGCGGAGCGCUGUGCUGACGAAUGCGAAUGGCCAGCCAUCUCUGCAAUAACGGCGUCGAGAUCUCCCCGCCGGCAACGCCCCCCGCGCCUGCCUCCGAGGCCGGCUGCACCGACGCCGACGCCGACGGGCUCUUCAUCGACCUCGCCGGCGCCAACGUGGGCUUCCAGCACUGGCACCC